AUGCUUACCUCUUCUAUAAUGAUUGAAAAUAUUCCAUUAAUGCCAAAGGCACCACAAAUUGUUAUAGAGAUUCCAGAAAAUACAUCAGAAGAAUUAAACUAUGAAGAUUUAUUUAUUAAAUCAAAUCAUCAUCAUUGGACAUCGGGUACAUCAAGUCCAGGAUCAUGUUUUCAAAAUUUAUUAGCACCUUAUUACGGAUCAAUAAAUCAACAACAAUAUCAUUUAUCAAUAAGUGAAAAUUCAUCAAGUUAUGGAAAUCUUAAAGAGGAUUAUCAUUUAGAUAAACAAAAUUUAAUGAAUCCACAAUUAUAUAUAAGUAGAACACCACCGCCAACAUUAUCAUUACAUUAUUUAAAUCAAACUAGAAAUUCAUAUUGUUGUAUUGCAAAUCAGAAUACAACAAAAUUUUUUACAUCAUCUGAACAUGACAAAAUUAGUGAUUUUCAACGUUCUAGUUCCACUUCAUUAACUUCGAAUUAUAAUAUGAAUAAAUCAUUAUACUUAGAUAAUUAUACAGAGAAUUAUACUUGUCAACCACAACAACAACAACACCACCGCCACCACUACAAUCACCACCACCACCAACAACAACAACAACAGUACCUUCAAUCAGAAAGAUUUCCACAUGUACAUAGAUCCUAUACAACAAAAUCUAUGAAAACAAAUUUCAAUAAUCCAUCCAAUCGUUCAUUAAGUCCAUAUCCACAAACUAUUAAUUUAUCUAAACAAUGUAUACCAUGUAUAUCUACUCAAAGUCAAUAUAGUGAUUUAGAUUUAUUGAAUUAUCAUUAUAAUAUAAAUCAUUCUGAUAAUAUUUUAUUAUCUAAAACUAUGUUCACUAAAAUGAAUAAACAAAAAUUAAUACGUAGAGCAUCUACACCAUUAUCUUAUCAAAGUUUAAUGACAUCAUCACAGAUAUUAUGUAAUUCUUCAAUGACUACAAAUACCUCAUAUAAUACUACUACUAAUAAUAAUAUUAGUAGUGGUGGUAAUAAUCGAUCGAAUUUGAUUAAUCAUUAUCCAUAUAAUCGAUCAAUAAUUCGACACCCAUCAUCAUCUAUCAUACAACGUUCUAAUUCUUUACCAGAAUUAUCAACCAUCAUAAAAUAUCAUGAAUAUAAUAAAAUGAAUCCAUCUAUAAAAUCUUAUUCAAAAAUAAUAAAAAAUGAACAAAAUCAAGAUAAUUGGUAUCAUAAAUAUAAAUCGAAUAGAAUAUCAUCGAUACAAUCUAAUCAUCAUUUAUUCUAUCCAAUUGAGUUACCAUGUCAACAAACAAUGUAUUUAUCUACUAUGAGAAAUCAUCGUCGACAUACAGAAGAUUGUAGUCAUCAAAUAAAAAAUAAAUCAUCAUCAUUAUUAUUAGUACAAUUAAAUCGUCGAUCAAAUUCUGUAUGUUCACAAAAUCAUUGUCAUUCUAAUAUAAAUAAUCAUAAUCAUAAUACUACUCUUACUACUCAUGGAAAUAUUGUUAGUAGUAUGCGUAGUGUCAAUUUUAUUAGUAAUAUUCAUCAUCAUCAUAAUAAUAAUAAUAAUAAUAAUAAUAAUAAUCUAGAUCAUUCUAAUCGAAUGAUAAAUGAUUAUAAUCAUUAUAUACAACCAUCUAUAUCACUAACGGAUAAUACAAAUUUAGAUAAUACUACUAAUUCAUUAGAUAUAAGUAGUAAAUCAAUAUAUAAACAAAAUAAUGAAAUCAUCAAUGAUAAUCAUCAUAUUGUUAAUUCUAAAGAUUUAGAAUUGAAUAAAAUGGAUUCUAAUCAAAAUAUCAUUGAAUUACAUGUGAAAAAAGGUGAUUCAUUUACCCAUUGUCUAUGUUCAUUAAUUGUUCUAUUAGUAUGUAUGCAAUUAGUUGUUGGGAUUGUAUCUACAGGACUUGGAUUAUUUUUAACAUGGAAAGUACCAGAAUUAGAUCCUAUGGAAUGUGCUUAUUUAUCUGGUAUACCACUUAUUAUCUCUGGUUUGGUUGGAACGUGUAUUUGUUUUCAGCAUAGAAUUCCUUCAAUAUCACCACAACUAAUGAAUAUUAUUCAAAUUAUAUCCGGUUUAUUAUCAUUAAGUUGUUUUAUAAUAUGUCUUACAACAAGUAUAUAUACUGGAAAAAAAGGUAGUUUAAUUGCAUCUUAUGAUAAUACAUGUAAAAUAAUAUCAAUAGAACAAUUAUUAGAACAAAGACAACAACAACAACAACAACACCACACCCAACAACAACAACAAUAUCACCACCACCCCCAACAACAACAAAUUACAUUCAAUACAAAAAUAAUCAAUAAUUCAAUUAGUAAUAAUAAACCAUUUUUAAAACCAUGUUGUAUAGAACUCAAUAAAAAUAUCUGUGAAUGUUAUAUUAAUUAUAAUAAACGUAUAGAAUAUUAUCAUUAUAUAUCAUGUCAUUUAUUAUUUUCCUCAAUUAAAGAUUAUAUAAUAUUACAAUCAGCAUUAAUGUGUAUUGGUUCUGGGGUAUCAUUAUGGUUAUGGUUAUUAUUUAUAGAAAAUAAAUUAAAAUAUUAUAUGAAUAAAAAAUAUACAAGAAUAAGUUUUUCAUCAACACAUAGUUCAAUCCCUGAAAUAUUCAUUGAACAAUAUGAUGAAAAAACAAGUAGUAUAGAUAUAAAUGAAAUAGAAUGA